CUGUGGAGCCGAAGGCAGGAGUUCUGACAGCCUGUGAGACACGGAUCCCUAAUUGAGGCCUCGCAUCCUUUGGAUCCCUCUGCAGACUGUGCUGUCAAACUCUCCUUCCGGAGCUGCUGCGUUCACCUAGAAGCUGCCAGACCUUUGGAAAACAAGAGACCUUGCCAAGGAGCUGUAUGGGACAACCAAUGUUUCCCUACCGUCCUGCUUUCUGCUGUGACCCCCUCAUGUUUUUGGCAUGUAGUCAUAGACUCUGACGAGGGAGUAAUGGAGUCGCUGAGUGGCAGGUGCUGACAGCUUCUGCAGUCCCAGUAACUGCUCAUUUUGGUGUCAUUUGCAAUUCUGUACCUCUAAAUGCCACAGCUCUCUGGGGGAAGGUUGCGCUGGAUACCGGUACUGCCUCGGAAGACUGUGACGCCAUGGGGAACGCGGAGAGCCAGAGCGUGGAGCACGCCUUCUACGGGGACAAGCACACCAGCCUGGGCCGCAAGCACACCUCCCGCUCCCUGCGCCUGUCCAACAAAGCCUCCCGCCGCUCCCGCCACGCCUCCUCCGGCAAAAUCAUCCACCGCAACUCGGAGGUGAGCACCCGCUCCAGCAGCACGCCCAGCAUCCCCCAGUCCCUGGCGGAGAACGGCCUGGAGCCCUUCGCCCCAGAGGCCAACCUGGAGGACUUUGGGAGCCCCAUGUGGGUGGACCGCGUGGACAUGGGCCUGCGGCCCGUGUCCUACCACACCGACUCGUCGGUGACGCCCAGCGUGGACAGCAGCACCGUCCUCACGGCCGCCUCCGUGCAGAGCAUGCCCGGCUCGGAGGAGAGCAGGCUCUACGGCGACGAGCCGCCCUUCCUGGCGGAGGGCGACGGCAGGGGACACCGGUACGCGGCCAACGGGACCGGCUUCAUGGACACGGCCAGCUUCAAGAAGAAGCGCUCCAAGUCCGCCGACAUCUGGCGCGAGGACAGCCUGGAGUUCUCGCUCUCCGACCUCAGCCAGGAGCACUUGACGAGCAACGAGGAGAUCCUGGGCUUGGCCGAGGAGAAGGACGCCGAGGCCGCCCCGGGCACGGAGGCCGGGGGCAGCCCCCAGCCUCUGGUCACCUGCCAACGUGCCAACUCCAUGAGUGACUUGUAUUCCCCCAAAACCCCGGGCGCUGCCAUGAACGGGGGCCCACGGAACGCCUUCGGAGGGUACUGCCGGAACCUGGUGUCCGACAUCCCGGAUAUCGGGAGCCAUAAGAUGGCCUCGGUCACCGCCGAGGAUGCGCCUUCUUCCUACAGCAACUACAACACGCUGCCCUGCAGGAAGUCACACUGCCUCUCCGAAGGGGCCACCAACCCCCAGAUCAGCCACAGCAGCAGCAUGCAGGGCAGGAGGGCCAAAACCACUCAGGACGUCAACGCCGGCGAGGGGAGCGAGUUCACCGACAGCGGCAUCGAGGGAGCGGCCACCGACACCGACCUGCUGUCCCGGCGCUCCAAUGCCACCACCUCCAGCUACUCCCCGACAGCCAGCCGGGCCUUCAUCGGCAGCGACAGCGGGAGCAGCUCCACGGGCGAUGGGCUCCGCCAGGGCGUGUACGAGAACUUCCGCCGGGAGCUGGAGAUGAGCACGGCCAACAGCGGGGAGCUGGAGGAGGCCGGCUCUGCCCUCAGCGACGAGCAGAGCAGCGGCACCCUCAGCUCCCCCGGCCAGUCCGACAUCCUGCUCACGGCCGCCCAGGGCACCGUGAGGAAAGCGGGAGCCCUGGCCGUGAAGAACUUCCUGGUGCACAAGAAGAACAAGAAAGUGGAGUCGGCCACGCGCAGGAAGUGGAAGCACUACUGGGUUUCCCUGAAAGGGUGCACGUUGUUCUUCUAUGAGACUGAUGGCAGGUCUGGCAUUGACCACAACAGCAUCCCAAAACACGCUGUCUGGGUGGAGAACAGCAUCGUGCAGGCUGUGCCUGAGCACCCCAAGAAGGACUUCGUCUUCUGUCUCAGCAACUCCCUUGGGGAUGCUUUCCUCUUCCAGACCUGCAGCCAGACGGAGCUGGAGAACUGGAUCACAGCGAUCCACUCGGCCUGCGCGACCGCGGUGGCGCGGCAGCACCACAAGGAGGACACCGUGAAGCUCCUCAAGACUGAGAUAAAAAAGCUGGAGCAGAAGAUCGACAUGGACGAGAAGAUGAAGAAAAUGGGUGAAAUGCAGCUGUCCUCUGUCACAGACUCCAAGAAGAAGAAGACCAUCCUGGAUCAAAUCUUCGUUUGGGAGCAGAAUCUGGAGCAGUUCCAGAUGGACCUGUUCCGGUACCGCUGUUACCUGGCGAGUCUCCAGGGAGGGGAGCUCCCCAACCCCAAAAGGCUCCUGGCUUUCGCCAGCCGGCCCACCAAGGUCGCCAUGGGCCGCCUUGGGAUUUUCUCGGUCUCGUCCUUCCAUGCACUGGUGGCGGCUCGCACAGGGGAGUCGGGAGUGAGGAGAAGGACACAGGCCAUGUCCAGAUCUGCCAGCAAACGGAGAAGCAGGUUUUCUUCUCUUUGGGGGCUGGAUACUACCUCGAAGAAAAAGCAAGGGAGGCCAAGCAUUAAUCAGGUGUUUGGUGAAGGAGUCGACUCAGUAAAGAAAUCCCUGGAAGGGAUCUUUGACGACACAGUCCCGGAUGGCAAGAGGGAGAAAGAAGUGGCACUGAGCAGUGUCCAUCAGCACAACCCCGACUGUGACAUUUGGGUUCACGAGUACUUCACGCCCUCGUGGUUCUGCCUGCCCAACAACCAGCCUGCCCUGACCGUCAUCCGUCCUGGGGACACCACGAGGGACGUACUGGAGAUGAUCUGCAAGACCCACCAACUGGAUGUCUCUGCUCACUACCUGCGGCUCAAAUUCCUCGUGGAGAACCAGCUCCAGUUCUAUGUACCAAAGCCAGAGGAGGAGAUCUAUGAACUGCUGUACAAAGAGAUAGAAAUCUGUCAGAAAAUCACACAGCACAUUCAGAUCGAGAAGUCUGAUGCAUCCUCCGAUAUUUAUGGUUUCUCUCUGUCCUCCGUGGAAGAAGAAGGGAUUCGUCGGCUUUAUGUGAACGGCGUCAAGGAGACAGGCCUAGCUUUCAAAAAAGGCCUGAAAGCUGGUGAUGAAAUUGUGGAGAUCAACAAGAGAGCUGCUGAGGAGCUGGACUCGGCCCUGCUGAAGGACGCCCUGGUGCAGCCUGCGCUGUGUCUCACCGUGCGCACCCACCCCGAGAUAGAGGAAGGGCAGAAGCUGCUGCAGCCGCCCCCACGUCGCCUGGAGAACCCCCCUGAGCUGGGUGACAGCACCCUGGUGUUUGCAGGGGGCAGCCAAGGGCACUCCCUUUGUGGUGACCCGGACAGCUCUGCCGACACAGCUCCAGAGGAGGCGGAAACACAGGACCUGGAGUCGUCGGACGAGGCUGAUAAGAUGAGCAAGAGCACAGAGCAGGUCGCUGCUUUCUGUCGCAGUCUGCAUGAAAUGAACCCUUCUGACUCCAGUGCUCACCCUCAGGAAUUUGCAGGACCCCAGCUGGCCACCAUGAGACAACUCACAGACGCAGACAAGCUGCGGAAGGUCAUCUGUGAGCUCCUGGAGACAGAACGCACCUAUGUCAAGGACUUAAAUUGUCUAAUGGAGAGAUACCUGAAGCCUCUACAAAAAGAAACGUUCCUCACACCAGAUGAGCUGGAUGUUCUCUUUGGGAAUCUGACUGAAAUGGUAGCAUUCCAAGUAGAGUUCUUGAAAACUUUGGAAGAUGGAGUAAGGCUGGUUCCAGACCUGGAAAAGCUUGAAAAAGUUGAGCAAUUUAAGAAAGUGUUGUUUUCCUUGGGUGGAUCCUUCCUGUACUACGCUGACCGGUUCAAGCUGUACAGUGCCUUCUGUGCCAGCCACACAAAAGUCCCCAAAGUCCUGGUGAAAGCCAAGACAGACACUGCUUUCAAGGCAUUCCUGGAUGCCCAGAACCCCCGACGGCAGCACUCCUCCACGCUGGAGUCUUACCUCAUCAAACCCAUCCAGCGGAUCCUGAAGUACCCUCUCCUGCUGAAGGAGCUCUUUGCUCUCACUGACGUGGACAGUGAAGAACAUUAUCACCUUGAUGUGGCCAUCAAAACGAUGAACAAGGUUGCCAGCCACAUUAAUGAAAUGCAGAAGAUCCAUGAGGAAUAUGGGGCAGUGUUUGACCAGCUCAUAGCAGAACAAACAGGGGAGAAAAAAGAGGUCGCCGACCUUUCCAUGGGGGAUUUGCUCCUGCAUAAUACAGUGAUAUGGCUGAAUCCUCCUGCUUCACUGGGGAAGUGGAAGAAGGAACCUGAGCUGGCAGCAUUUGUGUUCAAAACUGCUGUGGUCCUCGUAUACAAGGAUGGCUCCAAACAGAAGAAGAAACUUGGCGGAUCACAUAGAGCUUCAAUUUAUGAAGACUGGGAUCCGUUCCGAUUUCGCCACAUGAUACCUUUGGAAGCCCUGCAGGUUCGGGCCUUGGCCAGUGCAGAUGCAGAGACCAAUUCUGUGUGUGAGAUUGUCCACGUUAAAUCUGAGUCUGAGGGCAGGCCAGAAAGGACGUUUCACCUUUGCUGUAGCUCACCAGAACACAGGAAGGACUUUCUGAAGGCAGUGCACUCCAUCCUGCGGGACAAACACAGGAGACAGCUUCUUAAAACCGAAAGCUUGCCCUCCUCCCAACAAUAUGUUCCUUUUGGUGGAAAAAGAUUGUGUGCUCUAAAAGGUGCAAGGCCAGCCAUGAACAGGGCAGUGUCAGCCCCAAGCAAGUCUCUUGGGAGGAGGAGGCGGCGGCUGGCCCGAAACAGGUUUACCAUUGACUCAGACGCCGUCUACACGAGCAGCCCCGAAAAAGAGCCCCAGCAGCCCACGCACGGGGGGGACACUGACCGCUGGGUCGAGGAACAGUUUGACCUCGCUCAGUACGAGGAGCAGGAGGACAUCAAGGAGACGGACAUCCUCAGCGACGACGACGAAGUUUGGGCGUAG